UCGCCAGUACUCACUCGCAAACGUUACGGACGGAAAGGAGAAAAAUGAAACUCAAGUGACAACGCGGGAAGGGAACCGGUUUCACGGUUUCUAUUCAAUUAUUAUUCCAAUCGUCUCUCUCUCUCCCCCUCUCUGCUCCCAUGAAUCUAUCGUGCCGGCCUCAACUCAGCUCCCUCUGACUGUUUCUCUUGGAUGAUUUGUUUAAAAAAUCAGUUAAUAGUUGCCGCCCAAUCGCCCUUAGACUACUCUCUCUUUGGAAAUCUUUGUUGGGUUUCCUAUUUUAUUUGUCUGUGUUGAAACCAGACUGGAUGAAUGCUGUGAUCACUCUUCUUUUUAGAUAACAUAGGAAAUGGCUUCCAGGUCUUCCUCUAAUAGGUCCGACAGACAACCGCAUCAUCACGUUCCUCUUUCCGGUCGGACCAAGCCCACCUCCGCUUCCAGACGCUCUGUCACGCCAACUUCCCGAGCUCACUCUUUUCAAGCCGACGAAGAUCCUGGAAGGGUAAGAGUUGCUGUCAGACUUCGACCAAAAAAUGACGAAGAUGUACUUUCAGAUGAUGAUUUUUCUGAUUGUGUUGAGUUACAACCAGAGCUGAAUCGGUUAAAGUUGAGGAAGAAUAACUGGAGUUCUGAGUCUUACAGAUUUGAUGAAGUUUUUACAGAAACUGCCUCUCAAAAGCGUGUUUAUGAAGUGGUUGCAAAACCAGUAGUUGAGAGUGUCUUGAAUGGAUAUAAUGGGACAAUUAUGGCUUACGGUCAAACAGGUACUGGUAAAACUUACACACUUGGAAAACUGGGUAAGGAUGAUGCAGCUGGGCGAGGUAUUAUGCUUAGAGCCCUUGAAGACAUUAUUGGCAAUAUAUCCACUUCUUCUGAUACUAUCGAGGUCUCCUAUUUUCAGCUGUAUAAGGAAUCUAUACAAGAUUUGCUUGCACCAGAAAAGACCAAUAUUCAUAUUAAUGAGGACCCGAAGACUGGUGAAGUGUCAUUGCCUGGUGCUACAGUUGUUAAAAUUCAAGAUCUUGAUAAUUUUCUACAGCUACUGCAAGUUGGUGAGGGAAACCGUCAUGCAGCUAAUACAAAGAUGAAUACAGAAUCUUCUCGUAGUCAUGCAAUUUUAAUGGUUCAUAUUCGAAGAGCUGUCAAUGAAAAAGUAAAUUUUGGGAUAAAUUCUCCAGAGAAGGGCAGUAGAAGUGAUUUAUUUGAUGGCAAAGACAUACCCAUUGUCCGGAAAGGCAAGUUGCUGAUUGUGGAUCUCGCUGGAUCUGAAAGGAUUGACAAAUCUGGAAGUGAAGGCCUCCUACUUGAAGAGGCUAAGUUUAUUAAUCUUUCUCUUAGUUCUCUUGGAAAAUGUAUAAAUGCAUUGGCUGAAAACAGCCCACAUAUACCUACUAGGGAUUCAAAACUGACAAGAUUGCUUCGUGACUCAUUUGGAGGCACAGCAAGGACUUCACUUAUUAUAACAAUUGGGCCAUCUGCACGACACCAUGCAGAAACAGCUAGCACAAUAAUGUUUGGACAGCGGGCAAUGAGAAUAGUAAACACUGUAAAGGUCAAAGAAGAAUUUGAUUAUGAAAGUUUAUGCCGGAAGCUUGAGAACCAAGUAGACAAUCUAACUGCUGACAUUGAAAGGCAACAAAAGCUGAGAGACGAUGACAAGUACGAAUUGGAAAAACAGCUCAGAGAGUGUCAGGAAAAUUUUGCUGAAGCAAAUAAAAUUCUAGUCACAAGGUCUGCUGAGCAACACCAACUUGAAAAGGCUACAUAUCAGAAAGUACUGGCUGAUACCACUCAGAUGUAUGAGAAGAAGAUAGCAGAGUUGAUUAAACAGAUAGAGGAUGAGCAUGCACGGUCUGAAAGUGUGGAGGAACAAUUAGACUUGAUGAAGAAGCUCUUGAGUGAGAAUCAAAAGUCAAUUCAGAAUCAUCAAAUGGAAAGUUCUAGACAUCAAAACGCCCUUGCGGACACCACUCAGAUUUAUGAAAAGAAAAUAGCAGAGCUAGUUAAGCAAUUACAGGAUGAGCAUGCCCGUUUUGAAGUUGCAGAGGAACAAUUAGACUUGGCAAAGAGGCUCCUAACUGAUCAUCAAAAGACAAUGCAGGGGCAGAAAGAGAUUGAUGAACUCGAGUUGAAGUUUCAAGAAAUGUAUCAGCUACAAGAAAAUACUUUACAUGAGCUACAGUUAUUGAAAUCAGAGAAUAAAGACCUAUUGGAAGAGAAGGCAACUCUGAAUGAAAAACUUGAUUCUGUGAGUCAAAGACUUUCAGAGGAAGAGAAGCAGAGGAAGGCUAUUGAAAAUGAGCUGGUUAAACUAAAGAGGGCUGUACCUGAAAAUGAUAAUGAUUUUGAGGACAAGACAUCUUAUGCAAAGGAAGAUAUAAAUAAACAAUCUUCAGAAUUUGGGAACCGAACAGGUUCAUACAGGUCAAAUCAAUUAAGAGGGACUCUCUCUGGUCAGAGGGCCACAAUUGCAAAGAUAUGUGAAGAGGUUGGGCUUCAAAAGAUUUUACAAUUAUUGGCAUCUGAAGACUCAGACAUACAAAUUCAUGCUGUGAAGGUGGUUGCCAAUCUGGCUGCUGAAGACAUUAAUCAGAAGAGGAUUGUAGACGAAGGAGGUUUAGAUGCUUUGCUUAUGCUGUUGCACUCAUCAGAAAAUACAACUAUUCUUAGAGUGGUGUCUGGGGCCAUAGCCAAUUUGGCAAUGAAUGAACAGAAUCAAGGCUUGAUAAUUGACAAAAGAGGUGCUCAACUACUCGCAAAGAUAGCAUCUAAAACAGAUGAUCCACAGACUUUACGAAUGGUUGCUGGUGCGCUUGCCAAUUUAUGUGGAAAUGAAAAGCUACUCUUGUUGCUGAAAGAAGAUGGAGGCGUCAAGGCACUUCUGGGAAUGGUUAGAUCUGGGAGCAGUGAUGUCAUUGCACAGGUUGCUAGAGGACUUGCUAACUUUGCAAAAUGUGAAUCCCGAGGAAUUAUUCAAGCAGGACAUAGAACAGGCCGUUCGCUUCUAAUGGAUGAUGGCGCACUUGCAUGGUUGAUUGCCAACUCCAACACAGCUUCGGCUUCAACCCGACGCCAUAUCGAGCUUGCUCUUUGCCAUUUAGCACAAAAUGAGGACAACGCCAACGACUUUAUAUCCGGUGGAGGGGUGAAAGUGCUUUUUGGAAUAUCGGAGGAGUCCAGUAGAGAAGAUAUCCGCAACCUUGCAAAGAAGUCACUCAGGCUGAAUUCGUCUCUUCAAGCUGAGAUGCAUAUGCAAUGGUAGUAAAAUGUAUAUAAAAUCCAAUAUUAUUAUCUCUUUCCUUUUAUCUUGACUAUGUACAUACAGAAGGCAGUGUAAAGAACUGCAGCUCGAUCGUAUAGUGGCCUGUUUUUCCAUCAUUUA